UUCCCCAAAUCAAAUUCGUGUCAGGGUCUCACCCCUUCCCUUCCUUCUGCACAAAAGGGAAAAAAAAAAAACUAUAAAUAUAUAGUGACCCAAGCCACUAUUUUUAUGAGAGACCUUAAAACCCUGGCACUCAGAAUCUCAACUAAACCCUUGGAAGCUUGAUAAAGGAAGCAUCAAGCUGUUUCGUUUCUCAGACAUGCGUUUUCCUCAUCGCAGCCAUCCCCAUAAACUCUUUCGUUCCGAACAAUAUAUCAAAUCCACACCUUUCGCAGCACUACCAAAAAUCCCAUCUUCACCCACCCAUAGACUCCUCUUCUCUGCCCUCCCUUCAAAACCCAUCUCCGAAAUUCACCCAUUAGCUCUCAGAACUUCAUGGAUUUCAUAUGCCUCUCAUGCCCGUGUUCCUCCAUCAGUGUACUUCGAUAACCCAAACGAUUCGGUUCAAAUGGGGGUUAUGAUGCGGAAACUGGAUGAGUUUGGAAUUGGUAAUAAUUUUUACAAACCCGGGCAGCAUACUGUACUUUGUCCUCAGUGCAAAGGUGGGGAUUCUAGCGAGAACAGCUUAUCCCUUUUGAUCUCUCCAAAUUGGAGUUCAGCAGUUUGGAAUUGUUUUCGGGGAAAUUGUGGAUGGAAGGGCAGUACACGGGCCUUUGCAGAUGGUAAGUCAACAUAUGGAAGCAUGAAUCUGAUCCCAAAAGUUAAUCACAAGAGAGAAAUUACAGAAAAGAUUUUGGAGUUGGAACCGAUGUGUGAUGAGGCCUUUGCAGAUGGUAAAUCAACCUAUGGAAUCAUGAAUCAUAUCCCAAAAAUUAAGCACGAGAUGGAAAUUACAGAAAAGAGUUUGGAGUUGGAACCACGCUGUGAUGAGGUUGUGGAAAUGAAGAAAUCAAAUAAAGAUGCGAAUGUGAAUGAAAUUAAGAAAGAUGCAAUAAAAUGGACUGAAGAAAUGGAUGACAUAUUACUUGAUUCACUACUGGAGCAACAGGAAAAUGGGAAUACAGUUGAUGGAACUUUCACGUCUCCUACUGUAUAUUCAAAUGUUGCGAAGAUAUGCUCUCAAAAACUUGGCUAUCCGAUUGAAAAAUAUAACGUCCAACAUCGUAUGUUUACACUGAGAGAGAAUUUUAACACGUGUUUCGAAUUAUUCACAAAUUUAAGUGGGAUAUCAUGGAAUCCAGAAACGAAAAUGUUUGAGGGUAAACCAGAAGUAUGGAAGGCCCUCAUAGAGGCCAAACCAUCAGUUUCAAAAUGGAGGCACACCAAAAUAAACCAUUAUGGUAAGUUGUAUGAACUUUUUGCAAAAGAUAGAGCUAAUGGUCAAGGUUUUGUAAAUGUAGAGGAAAAAGUUCACAAAUGGGCAUCGGAUAAUGGUACCUCAAUUGAUAGUAAUUUAGACAACUAUGAGUCAAAUUCAGAGUGUGAGGGAUCUUCAAAUGGUACAAAAAGAAAGGAUCUAAUGGUUGAUUUAUUUGAGAAAGAUAUUGAAGCUAUUGGAUAUGGAAUUAACAAAGUAGCUGAGUUAAUUGAAAAGGGAAAUCUUGUUGCUGAGAGGGGACUCGAAAUUGCGGCAAAGAUAGUUGCAAUAGCUGAGAAAGCACGAUCUGAUUGUCAUUCAGACAAAGAAGUGUAUGCGGAACUGAUAAACAUUGGAGUUCCUGAUUAUAUUCAGUUGGAUGCAUAUCUAUUCCUUCUCAAAUCUUCUCAGCACAAAAGUGCAUUUUUUGGUGUUCCGUCUGAGCGGCGUCUGGAAUUGCUAUAUAAGAUGAUAUUUGGUUUCUUCAUUCAUAUAAAUAAGAUAAAUUGAUCGCUUUUAUAGGACUCAAUUAAUUUGAUUCUAGAUGUGGUUACAUUGUUUUCCUUUGUUUUUGUGGGAUAGAGUUAAUUUAAUACACCUUUUACCUGUGGUGCUUGUGGCAUGUGUUAAUUUAAUUGUUUUCUU